ACACGCCAUCUGGGGAAGAAGACCAGGAAAUCCCUUCUUGUUUUCAAACAGCAGCGAGCCACCGGGGAUGGCUCUGUGAGGCUCAGGGGGACCUCGGCCGGGAGGCGCUGGUCAGGGGGUGAAGCUGCACUCUGCUCAGAGCUGCCAGUCCUGCCUGACCCUCCCCAAGAGCCCUGCCUGGCUCUCCCUUCCCCGAGCAUGAGGCCGAGGGGCAAACGGCCUUAUAGCAGAGACCUGGAAGUUUGUUAGACGUCUGAUCCGCGCAGGAGCCAGACGGGGGACAACGGCGCUGGGCAGGCAAGACAACUCAAACUUGAAGACAUGAAAUCCCCAAGGAAAACCACUUUGUGCUUCUUGAUUAUUGUGACUUAUUCUUCCCAAGCUACCCUGAACUUGAAUUUAAAGUCUAUUGUCUAUCCUGCGCUUCUCCGUGAACAGGAACUAGCAGGGGAAGACCCAGCGAGGCAAAAACGAGCCGUUGCCGUGCGUCCUCCUCCAGCUCCAGAGUUCACGGUCGAUAUUGAGGUCAGUUUUGAAAAUGCCUCCUUCCUGGAGCCUAUCAAAGCUUACCUGAACAGCCUCCGUUUUCCAGUUCAAGGAAAUGACACUGACCCAGCCACCAGCAUUUUGAAUAUUGAGGUGACAACAGUCUGCAGACCGACUAGAAAUGAAAUCUGGUGCUCCUGCGAGACAGGCUAUAGGUGGCCUCAGGAACGGUGCCUCCCCCAUCUCACUUGUCAAGAGCAUGAUGGCUCCCAUGCCGGAAGUCCUUGCAGUUGCCUUAAGGGACUGCCUCCCGAGGGACCUUUCUGCCAGCUCCAAGGAGCUGCUGUUACCCUGAGAAUGUCAGUCAAACUCAAUGUGGGCUUUCAAGAAGAUCUCAGGAACUCUUCCUCUGCCCUUUAUCGGUCCUACAAGACGGACUUGGAAACAGCAUUCUGGAAGGGUUACAGUAUUUUACCAGGCUUCAAAUUGGUGACUGUGACAGGGUUCAGGCCCGGAAGUGUGGUUGUGGCUUAUGAAGUCACGUCGACAGCAGCGCCACUGGAAUUAAUGCGUAAAGCGAAUGAGCAAGUAACCCAGAGCCUCAACCAGACCUACAAACUGGACAGCAGUUCCUUCCACAUUACUUACAGUAAUGAAACCAAGUUCUCCAUCUCACCAGAAAUCAUCUUUGAAGGGGAUACAGUAACUCUGAUGUGUGAAAUCGAAGUCCCGUCCUCCAACGUGUCCUGGCACCAUGUUGAAAGGGGCUUCGAGGUCCAGAACAGCAGCAGAUUCUCCAUCUACACGGUCAUGCUCAACAUGACCUCCGUGUCACGCUUCACCAUUUACAACAUCACUCAGGAGGAUGCCGGUGACUACAUCUGCAGACUGACAAUAGAUGUUUUUGCAUAUUGGUCCACAAAAAAAGUAGUUGUUACACCCAUCCGGAUUUUGGCACAAGAAAACAUGAAGGUGAUGUGCGACAACAAUCCCGUGUUUCUGAACUGCUGCAGUGAGAUUACUGCGAAUUGGAGUAAAAUUGAAUGGAAACAAGAGGGGAGUAUAAGCAUUCCAGGAAUCUCUGAAACAGAUACAGAAUCUGGUUGUAGCAGAUACACCCUCAUGGCUGAUGGAACUCAGUGUCCAAGUGGGUCGUCUGGAACGACAGUGGCCUACACGUGUGAGUUCUUCAGCGCCCACGGAGCCAGAGGCAGUAAGGACAUAAAAGUGACAUUCAUCUCUGUGGGAGAUAAUUCCAGCCACAAAGGGGAGGUGAACCAGCUCCCAAGGCAUGUGAUGGAAAUGAGUACAGUUCAGAGCACCACCAGGAACAGCCUAGAAACAAGUAAAGCCCUGGAGCAGCAAGCCAAACUAACAAUAACCCCGGACCCAAUUUCUGUUUCUGAGGGACAAAACUUUUCUAUAAAAUGCAUCAGUGAUGUGAGUAACUAUGAUGAGAUGUACUGGAACACUUCUGCUGGAAUUAGAAUAUACAAGAGGUUUUAUACCACGAGGAGGUAUCCUAACAGAGCAGAGUCGGUGCUGACCGUCCAGACCUCGACCAGGGAGUGGAACGGAACCUAUCACUGCAUAUUCCGAUAUAAGAAUUCAUACAGUGUCAUGGCCAAAGAUGUCACCGUCCACCCGCUGCCCCUAGAGCCUGACAUCAUGGUUGACCCUUUGGAAGCUGCAAUUCCGUGCACCAGCUCCCAUCACAUCAAGUGCUGCAUCGAGGAGAACGAAGACUACAAGGUCAUUUUCCAGACGGGGUCCCUGUCCUUUCCUGCCGUGAAAGAAGUUAUUGGGAAGCAAGUGUGCUACAAACACAAUUUCAAGUCGAACUCAGUUUCCUGUCCAGAAAACGUGGACGUGUUCUGUCACUUUAUCAAUGCCGCUAACACUUCAGUCCGGAGCCCACCUAUGAAGCUGAAGCUGGUCCCUGAGGAGAACAUGACAUGCCAUGAUCCUAUCAUAGGUGUCGGGGAGCCUGGGAAAGUCAUCCAGAAGCUUUGCCGGUUCUCCAAUAUGCGUAGAAUCCCCGGGAGCCCCAUUGGCGGGACCGUAACAUACAAAUGCGUGGGCUCCCAGUGGAAGGUCAAGAGAAAUGACUGUAUCUCUGCUCCGAUAAACAUUCUGCUCCAGCUGGCCGAGGCUUUGAUCAAGAGUCCCUCUCAGGAUGAGAAGCUCCCUUCGUACCUAAAGAAUCUUUCCAUUAGCACGGACAAGGCGAAACUUGAAGUCUACACAUUUCCGGGGAGCCUGGGAGCCAUCAUUAACAUCCUUGACUUGCUCUCAACAGUUCCAACCCAAGUGAAUGCAGAAAUGAUGAUGCACUUUCUCUCCACGGUCAACGUCAUCCUCAGCAAGACCAUGCUGAACUCCUGGAAGAUGUCACAAGAGCAAAAGACGAAUCAGAGCUCACAGCUUCUGGAUUCCGUGGAACGGUUCUCCCGAGCCUUACACUCAGAAGAUAGCAUCAUCUCCCAGCCUAACGUGCAGAUGAAGAGCAUGGUCAUCAAAUCGGGCCUCCCCACGUCCUACAAGCAGGGCUUUGUCUUCUUAGACUCUGACCUUUGGGGCAAUGUGAGCAUUGACGAGAACGAGCUGAAAUACUUGCAGCCUGAGUCCUUUAUCGUCACCGUGGCUUUCCCAACCCUCCAGAGCAUCCUUGACCAAGAUGUCCAGGGAAAGAAUUUUGCCAACAGCUUAGUGAUGACCACCACUGUCAGUCACAAGAUAACCGCGCCGUUCAGGAUCUCGAUGACUUUCAAGAACAACGACCCUUCGGGCAGGGUCCCGCUUUGCGUCUUCUGGAACUUCGACCUCAACAACCACACGGGGGGCUGGGACAGCAGCGGGUGCUAUGUGAAAGAGGUCACCGAGGACAGCGUGUCCUGCAGCUGUGACCACCUGACCUCAUUCUCUAUCCUCAUGUCCCCCGAUUCCCCGGACCCUGGCUCUCUGCUGAAAAUCCUCCUGGAUAUCAUCUCCUACAUUGGGUUGUGUUUUUCCAUCCUGAGCUUAGCGGCCUGCCUCGCGGUGGAAGCCGUGGUGUGGAAAUCGGUGACCAAGAACCGGACUUCCUCCAUGCGUCACAUCUGCAUCGUCAACAUCGCCGCCUCCCUCCUGGUCGCCGACAUCUGGUUCAUGGUGGCCGCCGCCGUCCACGACCACCACUUCCCGCUCAACGAGACGGCCUGUGUGGCCGCCACCUUCUUCGUCCACUUCUUCUACCUCAGCGUCUUCUUCUGGAUGCUGACGCUGGGCCUCAUGCUGUUCUACCGCCUGGUUUUCAUCCUGCACGACACCAGCAAGUCCGUCCAGAAGGCCAUCGCCUUUUCUCUCGGCUACGGCUGCCCGCUGGUCAUCGCCACCAUCACGGUGGGGGCCACCCAGCCCCGGGAGGUCUACACCAGGAAGAAUGCCUGUUGGCUCAACUGGGAGGACACCAAGGCCCUGCUGGCCUUCGUCGUCCCGGCGCUGAUCAUCGUGGUGGUGAAUAUGACCAUCACGGUCGUGGUCAUCGCCAAGAUCCUGAGACCGUCCAUCGGGGACAAGCCCAGCAAGCAGGAGAAGAGCAGCCUGUUCCAGAUCAGCAAGAGCAUUGGGGUCCUCACGCCGCUCUUGGGGCUCACCUGGGGGUUCGGGCUGGCCACCGUGUUCGAGGGGAGCAACGCCGUGUUCCAUAUUGUAUUCACCCUCCUCAAUGCCUUCCAGGGAUUAUUCAUUUUACUCUUUGGAUGCCUCUGGGAUCAGAAGGUACAGGGAGCCUUGCUGAAUAAGUUUUCACUGUCAAGAUGGUCUUCACAGCACUCAAAGUCAACCUCUCUAGCUUCAUCCACGCCUGUAUUUUCCAUGAGUUCUCCCAUAUCAAGAAGAUUUAACAAUCUGUUUGGCAAAACAGCAGCCCCAAAGGGCUCCCCAGACAAUGAUGGAAAUCUUGUUAGCGGUGGCAGUUCGCCCAUCUAAUGGGACAUACAACGUUUCCACCCCAGAAACAACCAGCUCAUCCCUGGAAAAUACAUCCAGUGCCUAUUCGUUGCUCAACUAAGAACGGGAAAAUCCAGCCCCAGGGACCUCUUGGGGGACAGCGGAUGUGCUUCGAAAAAGAGGUCCUUUCCAAGCCAUGGGUAAAAUGUUUCCUCCACCGGCUUCUGGAAGCAGAUGCUGAAGAGACUUUUUCAUUAGGGAAGGCGCUUUCUUUUGUAAAGACAGACGAAAAGGAAUUGUUACAUUUAUUUUGCUGUCACAUCCCCACCCUCUGUGAGAUGCCAAAUGUGUAUAGUAUUUAAGUGAAACUCACACCAACUUCUCUGUCUAUAUUGUAAAAUAGGAUCUCAGAGACAUUUUUACUUUUCACACCUUGGGCCCACAGAUAGGCUUUGAUUAAAAUAAUAAACAAAAUACUAAUACCUAGGAAAUACUUCAAUAAAUUCUGGGAAGGGAGGGAGGGAGACAGAGAAAAACAACAUAAAGACCACAUGUUAAGAUGUCUACAUUAAAGACUGAAUAUAAUUACUACUCAGAUGCUGCAACGUUGAGAAUUCAGAAAUGGCUCCAGGGGCUCCCGUUGUGGCUCAGUGGAAACGAACCCAACAAGUAUCCAUGAGGAUGCCGGUUUGAUUCCUGGCCUCACUUAG